GAUAGCGGAAGUUUUCCGGUAAAUCAUGUGACUGGAUGUUGCUGGCACCCUGUGUGAGCGGCUAUGUCCCAAUAAUCCACCUUUGACAGAAGAUUGAAGAAGAAACUGUCGCUUUAUCCACGAGGACCCGUGGGAGAUGCAGAACGUCAUAAACACGGUGAAGGGGACGGCCCUGGGGGUGGCGGAGCUGUUCACCCCGGUGCUAAAGGAGUCUAAGUUCAAGGAGACCGGAGUCCUCACACCGGAGGAGUUUGUAGCAGCCGGAGAUCACCUGGUUCAUCACUGCCCCACCUGGAAAUGGGCCACCGGAGAGGAAGCAAAAGUGAAGCCGUAUUUGCCUCAGGACAAACAGUUUCUCCUGACACGCAACGUUCCCUGUUACAAGCGCUGUAAGCAGAUGGAGUAUUCGGAUGAGCUGGAAGCCAUCAUAGAGGAGGACGACGGAGACGGGGGCUGGGUGGACACCUACCACAACACAGGAGUGUUAGGAGUCACAGACGCUGUGCAGGAAAUCUCACUGGACAAUAAUAAGGACAAGAACAUGAAUGCCACGUCUGCAGCAUGUUGUGAGGACGAGGAUGAGGAUGAAGAUGGGGAAGCAGCAGAUAUGGAAGAAUACGAGGAAAGCGGCCUGUUGGAAACAGACGAGGCAACCCUGGACACCAGCAAAAUAGCAGAAAGUAAAGCCAAAGCGGAGCCUGGGAGUGAAGAUGCGAUCCUGCAGACCAGAACAUAUGACCUGUACAUCACCUAUGAUAAAUACUACCAGACCCCUCGACUCUGGCUCUUUGGAUACAAUGAAGACCGGCAGCCGCUCACUGUAGAACAGAUGUACGAGGACAUCAGCCAGGACCACGUGAAGAAGACGGUCACCAUCGAGAACCACCCCCACCUGCCUCCACCUGCCAUGUGCUCGGUCCAUCCGUGCAGACAUGCUGAAGUGAUGAAGAAGAUCAUUGAGACUGUGGCGGAAGGGGGAGGAGAGCUGGGAGUGCACAUGUAUCUUCUGAUUUUCCUCAAGUUUGUGCAGGCUGUCAUUCCCACAAUAGAGUACGACUAUACGAGACAUUUUACCAUGUAGCUGCAUCAGCACCGCUCAGCUCUGCUAACACAUGAUGUGCACGUGGGAAACACCAGAGGUUAUAUCUGCUCUGAAUCCAUCUGGUUUGUGGAGUAUUUGUGUUACUGACAUGCUUUGUGUGGAAGUGUCGAGGAAUGUGAAGGAUUUUUGGGAACAUGCUUGUUUUGUGCUCCGCACAGAUAAAAAGCUGAACAUCAGUGUGAUGGGAAACAAACAGCGGCUCCCAUCACACUCACAGCUGACCUGCUUCAUUUUACAGGCCUAGCUCAUCACAGGGGUGUGGUCUCUGUGAUGAGCUAGGCUAAGCCCAUCCUGGAUGGCACAGAUGAAAAUCAGCACCCACCUUCUCAUUUAACCCCAGGUGAGGCUCCACACCUGCUGGACUGCACCGCUGCUGUUAAUUAGGGAUAGUUGUGGUCUGAUGGUUUCCGUAAUUUGAAAACUGAAUGGUCCCAGUUUGGAAGCAGUGUUCUGCUGAGGAUGCAGCAGCAGCAGCAUGUAGUCACAUACAGAGAAGACCAACAGUAUCAGGUUAAGAUCAUAUUGCAGAACACAGCAUGACACGUUCCCCAGUCAGUGACUGUUUAACAGGAGCCUUCUGUCGGUGGUCUGCAGGGUCAUCUCCUUCGUGUGGCUGCUGCAUCCAGAGCAGAGUGCUGCUCAGAGACACAAAACUAUCCCUUCAGUUGUGUGACCGCGGUGUGCAGCUGGCUUUGCUGCCAUCAUUAAAACUCCCACAUUCUUCAUGCUCAACUUUGAAAGAAUGAAUCUGUGUUGGUGUGAGUCUCAGGAGAAGGUGCUUAAUCACAGCAGCAUUAGCAUCAUUUCAUCUGUGCCCACAUGGUGAAUGUAAGUCCAGUAUUCACUCUGCUUCUGUCUUAGUGUCCAGAGAGAAGCAGGAACAGUGAGCCCACAGUCUUUUGGAUGACUACAAUAAUAAUAAUAAUAAUAAUAAUAAUAAUAAUAGAAGCUCGGGAGCCUCGAGCUCUCAUCCUUCAGUGCAGCAGCUCCCUUCUCUCUGCAGGAGUCAGGGCUGAGCCUGCUUUGUUUUAAAGCUGAAUGUGCCCAUUCAUUUCCCCGUUCCUCGUGUGUGGGGCUUACAUGCUUUUGUGUCUGACUUCAGGUGUGCGCACUUUUCUAAUGCACGUGUCAGAAUCUGGAGAAUGUGCUUUCAGGCUUAAGUUCACGUAUGUCUAAGAACCUCCACAGGACACCAUUCAAACUAAACUGAACUCCUUCAUAGUCCUAAACGCUGCGCUGAUGAUGCAGUUUAACAGUGAGGCCUUCAACAUGGUCCUUCUAAACUGUUGGGCUCGUUACAGUAACGUGUGAGACCGUACCUGACUACACAAAGCAUCUGCUUCAGUGAUCCAUGCUCUGCUCUCCUCAUUUGUUGCUUGGAUAAAAUCUUCUUUGUACCUGUGCCUGUUGGUCCAGUCUAAUUUAAAUUGCUUGGUGGUAAGGCUUCACCAUUUCUAAAAGAUGUACAUUUAUCAAUAAAGACUUUCCCAAA